GCCAUAUAUUUCUUCGGCUUCUUUCCUUUCCAUGUGCAAUCUGUGCUAAGCAGACAAGUCGUUCAGUCGUGUGAAAUUAAAAUAUUUGUGGCGCCAGUUAAGUUCUUGUGAGUUAAAUUAAUAACUAUUACAGUCUGAAUGCCAGGCGACGCUAACAUGGAAGAAUUGUGUACAAUACUCGCUAAAACGCGUGAUCCGUCAACGCAAAAGGAACAAGAUGAGAUAUUAUUGCAGCCUUUUGCAUACAUACAACAAAUACCUGGCAAACAAUUCCGUUCAGAGCUGGCCUUGGCAUUCAAUCACUGGUUAAAUAUUCCGGCUGAGAAGUUGCACCAGAUUGGCGAAAUUGUGCAAAUGCUGCACAAUUCCAGCUUACUAAUUGAUGAUAUUGAAGACAAUUCAAUACUUCGCAGAGGUGUUCCCGUAGCGCAUUCAAUAUACGGCGUCGCCAGCACAAUGAACGCUGCGAAUUAUGUGCUCUUCCUUUCACUGGAAAAGGUGCAACAGCUGGGUCACCCUGAGGCCACCAACGUGUACACGGAACAGCUGCUCGAACUGCAUCGUGGACAGGGUAUGGAAAUUUAUUGGCGCGAUAGUUUUACUUGCCCUUCGGAAUCGGAUUAUAAGCUAAUGACUAUACGGAAGACUGGUGGUUUGUUCAUGCUCGCCAUACGUUUAAUGCAGCUAUUCAGUGAGAAUAAAGAGGAUUUCACCAAGCUCACUGCCAUACUGGGAUUGUAUUUUCAAAUUCGCGAUGAUUACUGUAAUCUGAGCUUGAAAGAGUAUACGCAGAAUAAAAGCUUCGCUGAGGACUUGACGGAGGGAAAAUUUGGCUUUCCCGUUAUACACGCAGUACGCUCUCAGAAGCAUGAUAAGCAGGUUUUGCAUAUUCUGCGCCAACGCACUCACGAUAUCGAAGUUAAGAAAUAUUGCAUUAAUUUGCUGGAAAAGCUAGGCAGCUUUCAGUAUACACGAGAAGUAUUGGAAUCACUCGAUAAAGAAGCAAGAGCAGAGGUCGCUCGUUUGGGUGGCAAUCCAUACAUGGAUGUUUUGCUCAACAAGUUGCUGUCAUGGAAAGCUAAUGAUAAUCACGUUAAUCAUAAUGAUGUCGCAUCACCGAGCAACCACAACAGUAAUUAACAACCAAAGAGGCAAAAGAGGGAAUUUUGAAUUAAUACAAUUGAUUCGUCAGCCUCUUUUGCUGCUAAGAGUGACUUGAAAAUGAUAGAACUUUUUUUGCAAAAACUAAAUAUUUUUUAAACUAUUCUACAAGCGCUUAUUAACGUGUGAAUCUUACAUUUUGUUACAUAUUUAAUUACUAUAUACACAUAAAAUGAGGAUGAAAAGUACGUAAAAUGCACUCAAGCGCCUAGAAUAUAUAUUUACAAAAUUACUCGUAUAUACAAAGAUACAUACGUCAAGUGCUCGAGUCAACAUACCGCAUGUUGUAUGUCCAUGUAAAUGAAUAAGAAGGAAAAUUGAUUGAUUUUGAGAAGAUAAAGUUUUCUUUUGGAAUAAUUAACUAAAAUUAAACAAAAUGGAAUUAUUUUUGAAACUAUCCUUUUUUGAUUAUUUGUAAGAUACAAUGAUUUCCCUUAUUGGUAGCCUAUAGUGUUAAGUUCUGAACCAAACAUAAGCUUUAAGUUAUGGAUAAAAAAUAUGUACGAUUCGAGUAUUCCGGUAGUUGACUUGAAGUAUACAUUUAUAAACAUAAAUCAUAACCUUUUUUCGCUGUGUAAAAAAAGUUAUCAACACAUUUAAAUAAGCAAUUUGAUUCGAUAUUGAUAUCUUGUGGUAAUAUUUAUUGGUACUUGUUAAUAUCGUGAUGAUUAUAAGCAAAAUAAUUCCAAUUUUCACUUAAGAAUGCGUGUACUUAUUAUUCUAAAUCGAUGUUUUGUAUUAUGACUAAGCAAUUUUUUAAAUCAACUUUUCAAAAGAAAUGUUAUUAAAAAUUUUAAUAACACUUGUCAUAAAUUCGCAGGUUUAUGAAAAAUAUAUUGUUAUCGCAGCAAUAAUCGUGUUAGAAAUACAAACAUACAUACAUACAUACAUACAUACAUACAUACAUACACAUAACAUACACACUUACUCAAUCACACGUACACUAGUGGCUAUGCCUGAAGCAUACAAAAUAUACCAUAUUUAGUUUCCGGUAAAAAUAUUUUAUAUUUAUUUCGCUUCAGUCAUUUCUUGGCUACUAUUUAUACUAUUUAAUUUAGUUUUUGUAUAAAAUGUUUAGUUAAUGAUUUGAUGAGAUUUUGUAGACUUCAGGCAACCCAUCCCAACAGCAGUUACAAGUGAAGUCUUGCGAAAAAUGUUUGUAAAAUGUAUAAGAAGUAUUUUAAAUAACAAAAACAAAUUUGUAUGUAUUCGCAAUAUUAAAAAAAAUAUA